AUCCACAAUCCCGUGUAAUUAUGAUUCGGAUAGAACUCUUCCUCUUAUGUAUAAAGAGAAUAUAUAUAUAUAGAGUUUGUAGAAAAAUUACACUAUAAAUAAUACAUUUUAUAAUAACACCAGUUUGGCCUGUACGUUCGCAAUCAAUAUUUUCAAUUAUGAUGGUGGCUUCAAACAAAGCUUUGCUGGUGUGGUUCUUUUUCUUCCUGUUUUUGGGGUGCCAACCAGGAGUUUUCGCUGAGAAAAAGCCGUAUAUAGUGUACUUGGGAGGUCAUUCACAUGGUCCAGAAAUAAAUUUGAACGAUCUUGAUCGAGUAACAAAUUCUCACCAUGAUUUGUUGGCUUCAAUAUUGGGAAGCCAAGAGGUUGCGAAAGAAGCAAUAAUUUAUUCAUACAAGAGAAACAUAAAUGGCUUUGCCGCCACUCUCGAGGAGGAAGAUGCAGAAAAGAUUGCAACGCAUCCGGAAGUGAUAUCGGUAUUCGAAAAUAAAGGGAGAAAUUUGCACACAACACAUUCAUGGAACUUCAUGAAUCUUGAGGACUUCAAUGGUGAAGUUCUUACAGACUCACUCUGGAGCCGAUCCAACUUUGGUAAAGACACCAUCAUUGCUACGAUUGACUCUGGGGUAUGGCCUGAAUCGGAGAGUUUCCACGACCACGGCUUCGGUCCGAUUCCGUCCAAAUGGAGAGGUUCUUGCCAGAAUUCCAGCAUCGUUCCAUGCAACAAGAAGCUGAUUGGAGCAAGGUACUAUAACAAAGCAUACCUGGAAGAAACCAGAGCGAACCUGAGCCAUGACAUGAAUUCCCCCCGGGACCACGAGGGCCACGGGACCCACACCCUCUCCACCGCCGGCGGAAACUUUGUGACCAACACCACCAUCUUCGGCGUCCCUCUCGGCACCAUCAAAGGUGGCUCUCCGGCAGCCAGGGUGGCGUCUUACAAAGUCUGCUGGCCCCUAGUGCAAGGGUUCAACGGCACUUGCUUCGAUGGUGAUAUCUUGGCCGCGUUUGAUCAGGCCAUACACGACGGCGCCGACGUGAUUUCCUUGUCUCUCGGCGGCGAUCCCGAAGAUUAUUUCGAAGAUGCAAUUGCCAUUGGUGCUUUCCAUGCCCUCCAAAAGAAUAUCGUGGUUGUUGCCUCGGGCGGGAAUUCCGGGCCGGUUCCGGGCACUGUUUCUAACCUGGCUCCUUGGUUGCUCACGGUGGCCGCCAGCACCCUUGAUCGGAGGUUUCAAUCCGCCGUCCAGCUUCCCAAUGGAAUCCUCCUCAAGGGAGUAAGUCUUUCUAGAGCAUUGCCAGUGAAAAAAUUCUACCCCAUGAUUUAUGCUGGGUUGGCCGGAAAUGCUAACUCUUCCGUCCGAGAUGCUGAACGGUGCUUUCUCGACACUCUUGAUCCGGAGAAAGUGAAAGGAAAGAUAUUGGUGUGCCUGAGAGGUAAGUCAGACAGAGUGGAGAAAGGAUAUGUGGCUGCUCAGGCCGGUGCCGUUGGAAUGAUUCUGUGUAACAAUGCUGUUUUCGGGGAUCGAAUCACGGCCGAUCCUCAUUUCCUUCCGGCCAUACAAAUCAGUUACCAAGACAGCCUUCUCCUCUAUUCCUACAUGAACUCCACCAAGUAAAAUCAUCAUACACAAAAUACUGCUCUGCCUCUACUACUAAUUUGAUGGUCAUAGUUCAAAGAAUUAUUCAUUUGUUUCGGAGAUUAAUGUGGGAUCAAUUAUGAAUUUUCGACAGGGAAUCAAAGGCUUACAUACAACCUCCUGAAGCAGUGUUUCAGACUAAACCAUCUCCCCAAGUAGCACCGUUCUCUUCCCGAGGUCCUAAUUUAAUAAAUCCCGAGAUUAUCAAGGUUAGUCCCAAGUUUGUUUAUUAACAUUAUUAAUAUUCAUUAUUAUCUUUGUUUGUGUUGAAUUUAUAUUGUUUGUUGAUAAUUGGGAUUUCACUUGCAGCCUGAUAUUACUGCUCCAGGGGUGCAGAUCAUUGCAUCAUUCUCUCCAUAUGGUUCACUAACUGCUGCAGACAUCGAUAAGCGCCAAUCUUCUUUUGCUCUGUUGUCCGGAACUUCCAUGUCAUGUCCUCACGUUUCCGGAGUUGUUGGCCUCCUCAGGACACUCCACCCCGACUGGAGUCCUGCCGCCAUCAAAUCCGCCAUCAUGACCACAGGCCGAACCCGCGACAACACGAAGAACCCGAUGGAGGACAUGUAUGACGACAAGAAGUCCGAUC